AGAUGCCAAGUUUUACUUAUCUUUAAAUAAGCAGACUGGCUUCCAUCACUCAGGCUUUGAUGACAAACCCAGGAGACAGAAUGUGUGAAGGGAAGAGAUGAUGUCCAUGCCUGGAAAUCAAACUCGGAAGAUUAGUGCCGUGAAAGCCUAAGGAGGCCGAGAGAGUGAGAGCCGCUUCAAGAUGACAGAAGGCAGGCACUGCCAGGUGCACCUCCUGGAUGACAGGAGACUGGAGCUGCUGGUGCAGCCCAAACUUUUGUCAAGAGAGUUGCUGGACCUAGUAGCUUCGCAUUUCAACCUCAAAGAAAAGGAGUACUUUGGGAUUACGUUCGUAGAUGACACGGGUCAGCAGAAAUGGCUACAAUUAGAUCUCCGGGUUCUUGACCACGAUUUGCCCAAGAAACCAGGCCCAGCCACUCUGCACUUUGCCGUGAGGUUUUACAUCGAGAGCAUAUCGUUUUUAAAGGACAAAACGACCGUGGAGCUGUUUUUCCUGAACGCAAAGUCCUGUGUGCACCAGGGACAAAUUGAAGUAGACAGCGAAACCACCUUCAAGUUGGCAGCGCUUAUCCUGCAGGAAGCCAAAGGAGAUUAUACCAGUGAUGAAAACGCAAGGAGAGAUUUAAAGACACUACCAGCCUUUCCAACCAAAACUCUUCAGGAGCACCCAUCCCUUGCUUACUGUGAGGACAGGGCAAUUGAGCAUUAUGUGAAAUUCAAAGGUCUGACUCGAGGCCAAGCUGUGGUUCAGUAUAUGAAAAUAGUAGAAGCGCUACCAACGUAUGGAGUCCAUUACUACGCAGUGAAGGAUAAACAAGGAAUUCCUUGGUGGCUUGGUAUCAGUUAUAAGGGAAUCGGCCAAUAUGAUUUACAAGAUAAAGUGAAGCCUCGGAAAUUAUUCCAAUGGAAACAGCUGGAGAACUUAUAUUUCCGUGAGAAGAAAUUUGCCGUUGAAGUUCACGAUCCACGAAGGAUUUCAGUGUCAAGAAGGACUUUUGGGCAAAGUGGCCUCUUUGUGCAAACAUGGUAUGCAAACUCCUCUCUCAUCAAGUCCAUCUGGGUAAUGGCCAUUAGUCAGCAUCAGUUUUACUUGGACCGGAAGCAAAGCAAAGCCAAAAUUCCCUCCGCCCGGAGUUUAGACGAUAUUGCCAUGGAUUUGACGGCGACGGGGACACCAAGGGGCUCCAAAUUGGUGACCCUGGAGGGGAAGGGUCAGUUCAUCAUGGCCAGCAAUGGCAGUUUAAUCUCCUCAGGUUCCCAAGACUCCGAGGUCAGUGAGGAGCAGAAGAGAGAGAAAAUCCUGGAACUGAAGAAGAAGGAAAAGCUGCUGCAGGAGAAGCUCCUACAGAAGGUGGAGGAGCUCAAGAAGAUCUGUCUGCGGGAGGCGGAGCUCACUGGCAAAAUGCCGAAGGAGUACCCUCUGAAUGUUGGGGAGAAGCCGCCGCAGGUCAGAAGGCGGAUAGGCACCGCGUUCAAGUUGGACGACAACUUGCUGCCGAGUGAAGAGGAUCCUGCUUUGCAAGAACUGGAGAGCAACUUCCUAAUACAACAAAAGCUAGUGGAGGCUGCAAAGAAACUUGCCAGUGAGGCAGACCUGUGUAAAACGGUGAAGAAAAAGCGAAAGCAAGACUACACGGAAGCCGUGAGAAAGCUUCAGGAGAUUGAGAGCGCCAUAAAUGAAUACCGGAUUCGCUGUGGAAAGAAGCCCAGCCAGAAGGCAACAGUUCUCCUCCCGGAAGACAUCAUCCCGUCCGAGAGUAGCUCCCUGUCUGACACCACCACCUAUGAUGAUCCCAACGACUCCUUUACUCUGGCUGGCCAGCGAUCAAGUUCAGUCCCUCAUUCUCCAAGGAUUCUUCCCCCCAAGUCUCUCGGCAUUGAGCGAAUCCAUUUCAGAAAACCGUCCAUCAAUGAACAGUUUGUGGACACCAGGCAGUCCAGAGAAAUGCUGUCGACCCACAGUAGCCCUUACAGAACUCUGGAGAGGCGGCCGCAGGGCGGACGAAGCAUGCCCACCACGCCGGUCCUCACCCGCAACGCCUACAGCAGCAGCCACUUAGAGCCCGCCUCGCCUUCUCAGCACUGCCGCCAGCGGAGUGGAAGCCUCGAGUCCCAGUCCCACCUGCUCGCCGAGCUAGACAGCGAUCAGCCAUUCUUCUCCCUCUCGAAAUCCCAAAGAAGCAGCAGCACCGAGGUCCUGGACGAUGGGUCUUCCUACACCAGCCAGUCGAGCACCGAGUACUACUGCGUGACCCCGGUCGCCGGCCCCUACUACACCACCCAGACGCUGGACACGCGGGCCCGGGGCCGCCGGAGGUCCAAGAAGCAGCACGCGUCCACUUCCAGCGCGGGCAGCAUGCCCAACCUGGCACAGAAGGACGGCCUGCGCAACGGCGUCUGCGCCCCGGGCCUGGAGCAGCCCUGCGCCGGUUACUACAUCGCGGGGUACCAGCCCUACGCCGAGGGGGACCUCUACUACAGCGGCGGCGGCUAUGUCUACGAGAACGACACCGAGGGCCAGUACAGCGUCAACCCGUCCGCCCGCGCCUCGGCCCACUGCGGGUACGACCGCCCGCGGGACUACAGCAGGUCCUUCCAUGAAGACGAGGUGGACCGGGCACCCCACAACCCGUAUGCAACUCUCCGGCUGCCGCGGAAGGCGACCGUCAAAUCGGAGCACAUCACCAAAAACAUCCAUAAAGCCUUAGUGGCGGAGCACCUGCGUGGCUGGUACCAGCGGGCCUCCGGGCAAAAGGAUCCGGGCCACAGCCCGCAGGCCAGCUUUGACUUGGACAGGGCAUCACAGAGAUGCCUGGGCUUUGCCGGGCUGCACGUACCCUGCUCACCCAGCAGCCGGGCACCGUCCUACUCUUCAGUGUCUUCUACAAAUGCUUCUGGGAACUGGAGGACCCAGAUGACCAUAGGGCUUUCGGACUACGAGACACCAGCGCACUCUCCCUACUCCAGCUGCUACAGCACCGUGUGCAAUCCUCUGCCCUCUCCCAGCAGGCAGUAUACGGAGCCCAGUCAACUGGACGGCGCGGACGGACACCGGCUGUCGGACAGCCUGGGCAGUGCUGAGCAGAGGCUCUUUUGGCAUGAAGAUUCCAAGCCCGGAACAUUAGUCUGAAGUGCAGGCGGGCCUCUUGACCAAGCACUGCGUUCUCACACGAGUGUGCCUUGCAAAAUGUGUACGUCUUCCCAGAAGGCUCUUGGCAUCGAAGGUUGAAGAGAAGUCUGCGGCUGCCCUGGAAGUGAGUUCCACACCUCGCAGGACGAAACCCCCAAAGACCAUGGGCCUUUCGCAGUCCGGGCACACGAACCCCCCAGAGCUGAGUCUGACCACACCUGGCACCAGUGCCACGAGAGGACUUAGCUUGAAGCCUUUAUCAAUAGCAAGCACUUUUUAAGGGAAUCAAAAUUGUUGACGGCACACCUCAAGUGGCCAAGGUCUCCACGAGGAAAGGACGGAAGGGGCGAUUUCAGAGCACAAUGCAGAAUGGUGGGGGGAGGGAGACCAGAAGCUGCGAAGUCAUUGCUCACGAUCACAAGGGUGUGUUCGUGAGCUGACAGAGAAGAGUGUGCUACUUCUACGUGAACACAGACACUUUCGACAGUAUUGGAAAAUUACUUGAAGAGAGGCUGGAUUUUCAUGAAGUCCUGAAUGAGUGUAAAUGUUGUUAGGCUGUUAUAAAGAGUAAUGUUUUUCAUAAGCACCGUAAAAUGGGUUCUGGAAAGACUUAUUGCUGUAGCAUCUUGUAAUAUAACUUUUGUGAUAGCAGAUUGGGGGAAAUGAAUGAAUAAUUGACAAACCUCGCUUGGAGAAUUCCCUAAGGUACAAGAUCCCUGAACCCCCCCCCCCCAGCUGAUUGCAUAUCAACUGUUAUUAUUCAAGCUGGUAACUCUCCCACUUGGCUGUGGCUUGAAAUGGCAGAUUUGAUGUGGAUAAUUUUUUUAUAAUCAGAAGUUUGGAAAGUUCUUUUAAGGUGAUAGAGUCAGAACCCGAAACAAACACAAGCAAAAAAGUACAUUCGUUUAAAUGAACUGCGUGCCUUAAAAUGGUGAACAUUAGAACAUGAAACAUAUUGUUUGGGUACCACUUGUAGUUCUGUCACAAAAAGAUUAGUCAGAAAAAAUUGUAAAGUGCUACAAGCUGCGAUAGAAUUCAUUCUGAGGCUCAAACUACCUCGUGCUUUCUUUAGAGGAACUAAUUAGCUAUGGUUCACUAUAGGACUUUUUAAAAAUUAUUUCCAUAUUCCAAAUUGAUUAUUUUUUGUUACCUUUACUCUGCUUCAGAAUUCCAUUGAAGGUGCUCAUUUUUCCCUCCUUUGAUACAGAUUUCUUGUUCAUGUUGUGAAUAGAAAUGUUUCUGAACUGCUUUUUUGGAACAUUUUCUAUCUAGAUUCCAAAGCAUGUAAUAUAUACAUAAAGAUGAUUUUUGUUAAACUGGUCCUUAGUCAUUUGUAUCAUUAGAAAGGAAGUUUGAGGCAAAAACUUGGCGGGUGGAGGAAGACAUGCAACAAAAUAAUAACUUGUUCCCUUUUGCAUAUUUGCAUAGCCUUCUAGAAACAGAAAUGGCCCUUUGCAUACUCUUUGACUGUUCUGACUUUUUAAGACCUGGUUUUUGGGUUGUUUUUUUUUUACAUAGGUCAGUAAACUAAAGGUGUGCUACUGAAAGCAGUUAUGUAUCCUUCCACUUCUAUGCUGAGCUCGUACGAGGCAGCUGAAAGGGCUCGCUUUCAACAGUAAUCACGUUUGGGCAAGACUUCAUCUUUUUAGUUACAGUAUUACUAUAUUUUAUUGAUUCCAAGAUGCACAUUUUCAUCUAUUUACAUCUCUGACAUUGGAAUCUAUCUUUUGAUUGAUGGUGUGUCCUAGCCGAAUUGGCAGAGUGGUUUUUGUUGUGUGUUUUUUUUUUUUCCUUUCCUUAGCAAUACAUGAAAGAAUGCUGUGUCUUGCAAUAAAGUUGUCUUGGAAUUGAUGAAA